GUAAUGAUUCAGAUAAUAAUAGUAAUGAAAUUUAUGAUGAAUUAAUAACUCUGAUGACAAAAACCUUAAACCUUCUUGAGGAGCAAAAGACGGCUGGCAAUUCUCGAUGGGUUAAAAAUAUAAAAAAGAAUUUUACCCCAAUUAAUAAGAUGAUCGAGGAUGUAGAACAAUAUAAAAGGAAAAGAACUUUACCUUUAACUUGGAAAGGGCACAAUAAUAAUACAC